ACUCCGGAAGCAAGCCUCAAAAAGGAGAGGGGAGGCUGCAACAUCCGCGUGAUCACCGCCGGAGCACCAAUGGCUGUCCGCCGAUCGCACUGAGGACACCGGCAUCCCCUGCCGCGCGGUAGGAAAUGGGCGGAUCCGGGGAAAGCUCGGUCACGCUGCGUGGGUGGGUGAGUGGAUAGUAACCGGGCGGCCGCGGUGGUAUUUAACAGAGCAGCCGAGGAGAGCUCAGACAGGACGAGACGUAGCCAGACAACCAGCAGCGAUUUCAGCACCAGGACAGCGACAGAUCCUCUCCAGCAGCUCAUCAUGGUUCUCAUCUGGACUCAGUUCGGGGUUAAGCACAAAAAUGUCAAUGUCAAGUGCAAAGUGCGAGGGAUGCACCGGGGUGACAGCUCAGGCUCAGCAUCAUCAGCGGAAAGCACCAAGUCUGAGCAGGACACGUCCUGCCUGGCCAUCAAGCCCACAGGCAAGGACUUCUACAAGGUUCUGGGUGUCACCCCUGAAUCCAAUGAAGAUGAGAUCAAGAAGGCCUACAGGAAGAUGGCUCUCAAGUUCCACCCAGACAAGAACAGUGAUGCAGAUGCUGAAGACAAGUUCAAAGAGAUCGCAGAAGCCUACGAAAUCCUGACUGACCCCAAAAAGAGAAGCAUCUACGACCAGUUUGGAGAAGAAGGUCUUAAAACAGGACAGUCAAAGGCGGGCCAAGGCAACGGUUUCCGCAAUAACUCCCACACGGAUCCCCACGCCACCUUCUCCUCCUUCUUCCACGGCUCCGACCACUACGACAUCUUUUUUGGCAAUGACAACGACGGUGAAGAGGACCUCUUCAACCCCUUCGGACGGUUCCCCUUUAGCCACGUGGGCGGGUUCCCCGGCGGCGACGGCGGCCUGCGACGAGGCCAGCGGCGGCUGCAGGGCGACGAGGUGGUGCACGACCUGCUGGUGACCCUGGACGAGGUGAUGCAGGGCUGCACGAAGCAUGUGAAGAUCACCCGCAGCCGCCUCAACCCCGACGGACGCAGCCUGCGGUCCGAGGAAAAGGUGCUCAAUGUGGUGGUGAAGAAAGGCUGGAAAGCGGGGACCAAGAUCACCUUCCCCAGGGAGGGAGAUGAGACGCCCAACAACACCCCUGCGGACAUCACCUUCAUUCUCAGGGACCAGGAGCACACGCAGUACAAGAGAGACGGCUCCAACAUCGUCUUCACAGCAAAGAUCACCCUCAAGGAGGCUCUCUGUGGCUGCACAGUUAACGUUCCAACGCUUGACAACCGGAUGAUGCCUCUACCGUGCACCGAUGUCAUCAAGCCAGGUGCCGUACGGCGGCUUCGGGGCGAAGGCCUGCCCCUGCCCAAGAGCCCGUCUCAGCGAGGCGACCUGGUGGUGGAGUUCCAGGUGCUCUUCCCCGACAGGAUCCCGCCGCAGUCUCGCGAGAUCAUCAAGCACAGCCUGGCCCAGUGCUAGCCUGCUGAUUGACACAGCUUCACCAUGUGUUGUUGUUAUCAAUUCACAAAACACAGCCUUGACCAAGGUGCUAGUAUCACAACUUCCUGUUGUGUUUGGAAAUGGCAGGCGGCGCUUAAGAGAGUUGUAGUUCAAGUGAAUAGAUGACUUUCUGCAGACAGGACCGCACAACAACGAUGUUGCCACAGGAGCAGUGAGUUCAGAUCGGAUUAAUGGGGUCUUUGGUAUCUGAGGGCGCCCAUUGACUCAACAGCCUUUCACUUGAAUGAAAAGGUUAACUACACUGUUGUACUUGUAAACCUAGAGCAGGAUAAGCAGUGUGCUAUUCCAGUCUGUGUAGACUUCUUGAAACCUGAAUGGUAGAAACGGGGGAAAAACUACAACUUUACUAUGGUUAUAUGGUGCUCAUAUGACUGAUCUUUUGCAUUGAUUUAUUACAAUAGCAAAAUAUACUUGUGUACAAGAAUCUACUUUGUGUACAAAAUGCAAAAAAAAUGUUGUCUCUAAGAGAGAUUCAUCUGUCAAAUGUUCUAUUGAAUCAUUUGAAACGUUUGUAUAUAUUUCUGCGGCGAGCCGGCAGUUGAUGCAUCAUUACCUGACAUAGCCAUGUUUGGAAGCAUGAC